AUGGGUCCGGGUGUUGGUAUCAGUACUGGGCACGUUGAGGAACCACUGGCCGAAGGGGUACCAGCAAAUGGCGAGACUCCCUUGCCACCGGACACGGCAAACCCAGCGGCUCAGUCGAGCGAAGAGUACACUAUAGUGCAACCUACGAGCCGCAGGCCAAACAAGGGAAUCGAAGUCGUCGACGACGAUGGACCGUUAGUCGACACUACAGCAGCUCUAGCAAAGAAUUCCAAGAAAACGAAACGUCUUCAGAAACAAGCACAGAAGCGACAACAGAAGGUCGCGGCAAGGGCGCGUCCACACUCUUACCUCGACCUCCCAGCAGAAUUGUUGCAAGAGGUCCUGGCCUGCCUCCGGCCUAGCGAUCUAUUCCGCAUGACGAUGGUCAACCGUGCCACCAACGACUUCAUCAAUCUUCAUGAACGAUUUAUUGCUCAGGACAUCCUUAACAGCAGAUACUGGAUACUGCAGCAGUGCUUUCCUUUACCUGAAGAGUUACAACACGUCGACGUCGACACUGCUUCUGCGCUUCGAGAUCCGCGCCGACAGAAGAUGACCGAGAUCCAUAAGAAGCCAUAUCAACACAUCAAACCUCCGGACUCAGACAAACUCUGCACUUGUCCAUUCUGUCUGCUCGCUUGGAACAACCUCAACGUGGUCCUCGAUAUGGCCCACUUCCAGAGCAGUCUGAACCACAGGGAGCCGAUUCCCAUAAUCGCAAGAGGCACGAAUCCAGCGUGGAACGUCGAGCUUACGGAGGCUCAUGCAAAGACUGUCGAGCGAGCCAUCAGUGAUCCGCUCGCAUACGCAGCGAUACUGGAAAUUCAUCUCAAUACCAUCACGGGAACUUUGCUUAGACAAUAUCGAUUUCCGCCACGCAUGCCGAUGCACCGCCACAACAAGGCGCCGUUAGGGAAGACAGUACAUCCCAGUAUACUCUACCAUCUUACCGAGAGGGAUGCCGCGAAAGGGACUGAUCAAUUCUUGGAAAGGGCAGGCAAGCCGUCCUACGAGUUCCCAUUCUCCCGAGAUAACUACUACUCACUGCUGGCAUACGUCCCGUACCGGAAAUGGGGCACAGAGCAGGAGCGAUGGAUUUACUAUGCUGCUGGAGGGCACGAACGAGACCUCGAGUGGAUACGGAGGUGGUUUGUUCCACGGCAGGACAAGGAAGGCAGGGAGGAGCCGCAAGUAACGAGCACCAACUCUGCAGCAAAGGAUAGCGAGAAGUGGGGACAGAUCUUGGUUAAGCCGUUUUAG